CUAGAACAACAUAAGAGACUAGAUGUUUCCACACUUUAUAUACACUCUAUACAUGCACAAAUAAUCCAGUUGGACUGUAAUAGUCUCUGGGCCCUGCUAUGUACCUUUCGUACGGAUUUGGCAACCCUGACUCAGCGUGUAUUGACAGGGAUGAUGUUUUUGGACUCAGGACGAAGCCGGAGCUGUCAUCUCGAUACACACAUUGAAGUGAAACACUGAUUGUUUUCUCUCGUUGUUUCCAGGAUGAAUAAUAUCUGUAAAUUAAAUGCUCGUCUAUAAUCAAUAUGAGCAGGUUUAAGCAGCGAUAUGGAAUACGAUGAGAGACUCGCACGCUUUCGCCAAGGUCACGUCAACCCGUUCGACAGGACUGAAAGUGAUGGCACCUCAGACAGGAAGGAUCCCCCAAAACAGGAGGUGAGACCGGAGCUCUUCUUCACAGAGACCAAACACCAAAUCUCUGACCGGACCAUGGACCUGGGGCUGGCCGAGGACCAUUUCUCACGACCUGUGGGUUCCUUUGUAGCGUCAGACAUCGAGCAGCUGGAGCAGACUAUAGAGGAGUAUAAAAAACAGAUCUUAGAGCUGCCGGAACAUUCUGAGAGACAGAAGGACACCGUUGCCAAACUCAUCCACCUGCGCCUCAAACUCCAGGAACUGAAGGACCCGGAGGAGGAUGAACCAAAUCUGCGUGUUUUGUUGGAGCAUCGCUUCUCUAAGGAGAAGAGCAAGAGCGUCAAACAGACGUGCGACAAGUGCAGCACCAUUAUCUGGGGUCUUAUUCAGACCUGGUACACAUGCACAGGUUGUUACUACCGUUGCCAUAGUAAGUGCAUGAAUCUCAUCACAAAGCCGUGCGUGAGGUCGAAAGUGAGCCACCAGUCGGAGUACGAACUGAACAUCUGCCCAGAGAUCGGCCUGGACAAACAGGAUUACAGAUGUGCCGAGUGCCGAGCCCAGAUCUCUCUUAGAGGCGUCCCGAGCGAGGCGAGGCAGUGUGACUAUACAGGGCAGUAUUACUGCAGCAGCUGCCACUGGAAUGACACCGCCAUCAUUCCUGCCCGAGUUAUUCACAACUGGGAGUUUGAGCCCAAAAAGGUAUGCCGCUCAUCUAUGCGAUAUCUGACUCUUAUGAUCUCCCGACCUGUCUUGAAGCUGAAGGAGAUAAACCCACUGCUUUUUAACUUUGUAGAAGAACUGGUAGAAAUCAGGAAGCUGCGUCAGGAUAUAUUACUCAUGAAGCCCUACUUCAUCACCUGUAAAGAGGCCAUGGAAGCCAGGCUGCUGCUGCAGCUUCAAGAGCGGCAGCACUUUGUGGAGAAUGAUGACAUGUACAGUCUACAGGACCUGAUCGACAUCUUUAAUGGUCGUCUCAGCUGUUCUCUUACUGAGAUUCACACCACCUUCGCCAAGCACAUUAAACUGGACUGUGAGCGAUGCCAAGCUAAAGGUUUCGUGUGUGAGCUGUGUAAGGAGGGGGAUAUUCUCUUCCCGUUCGACAGCCACACCUCAGUGUGCCACGACUGCUCUGCAGUUUUCCACAGGGACUGUUACUAUGACAACUCUACGACGUGCCCACGAUGCGCCCGGAUGACCGACCGGAAGCAGGAGGAGCUGGAGGAGCUGGCAGAGCUUUAGAGACGUGAAACACAGGGGGACGAUGUGUUUUAACAGACUCUUUCACUGUGACAGCACUAGAGUCAGUGCUCAAACUUGGCAUUGUGUGCAUGCUUUUACGUUUACAGGACCGUGCCACGUUCUUAGCACUCAUGGUCCCAUAUUACUUCUCUGUUUCUCUUUCUUAUCCUCGUGUUUUCUUCCUGUCCUGCUCACUUCUUUGUAACACUAUGAGAAGACAGGAGGGACACAAUGAGAGUGUGAUACGGGGGAACCCGGUGUUCCAUUGCCCCAUACUGCAUUCGCAACGAGCCCUGCGAACACCUGGGACCGGAAACAGAACACUGCUAUUAAGUGUUGUAAAGAUUUUAACAGGUUUAAUGCAUAAAAUUCCCCUAUAAUCGAGCCUUAUUGAUGAGAUCUUACUGCUUCAAGGUGCAUUCACAUUUAUUUUUUUUUUUUUAGGUUUGACGUUAGGGCUGUUUGUAGCUGUGGAGAAUUUGAGUUGUGUACUAGUAACCAUCCAAAAAAUAUAGUCUUAUUUUUAGUUACAUAUUGACCAUUAUUAUUUAUUUUUAUUUUGAACAUCUGUAUUUAACCAGCAGAUGUUUUUUCCUUUUUUUUUUUUUUAUUGAAUAUUAGAUUUUCUGAUUCGUUGAGCGAAUAUGUUCUCCUAUGCUAAUUUAGGUUUCGUGCCCCACAACUUGCAAGCUGAUUGGUCAGAAGGCACCAAAGCACUUUUACUUUGCUCUCCAUCUUUACAUAAAAUGUUGCAUGGGCACAUGGUUCUUACUUUUCAUGCUUGUUACCCUGAGCAAAAAAAAAAAUUUGUGAAAGCACCUCUAUAUGUAAAAGUUGUUACUACAGUAUAAUACAUUUCUGUAUUUAUCUUUGAAUUGUAGUGUCAAAGUCCGGGGCAGUGUGUGAUGUGCAAGCAAAUUGCCAAAAUGGAACAUUGACCUUUUCCAUGCACUCUAUUUAAAGACGAAAUUGAACAAUAGUCUGCCAAUGAAACUGAAGGAAAAGAAGUACAGGAGGAGUAAAGCUCUGUACACAAGAAUACUCGUAAACAGUAUGCUAUCAUUUUGAGGCGCCUCAGAAUGUAAUGUUUGAAUGCACUCUUUAUUAUUUGUUCUAAAAUAAUAUACAAUUAUGCUGUGCUACCUUUCAGCAUGCCACUUGUUUGUUAGAUGUUUUUUGUUUUCGUGCUGUGACAUGACGACGUCGUGGCGUCCAGUGUUGUGACGCUAUUCUCAUCCGUGCGAUGUUGCGUGACGCUUACGAAGAACACGAGUAAAAGGAAUAACUCUA